CCGCCACGAAGGGAGGAUCGCGCUCCUCUCCUCUCGUGUCCUCAUCCCCGAGCAAGCGAGACUACCACUGCGUCUUGUGCUCGCGGUGUGACGAGAAUCUGUGGCUCUACUGGAUAACUCACUCACUCCUUGGGUAUAUUUUUUCUCGUUUUCCCCUUUUUGAAAACUCUAAUAAAGGAGAGAGAGCGAGAUAGCAAGACGAAUACUAACUGAGGGUGUGUUUUUUUCUCUACUUUUUUUUUUCCUUUUUGGAAGGUGGAGAUCAUGGAUUAGUUUGUCUUUUUGGAUGUUACUGGAAUGAUAUACUGGAAGGGGUGAAGGAAGGGUGUGUGUGUGUCUGUCUGUGUGUGUGUGUGUGUGUGUGUGUGUGUGUGUGUGCGUGCUCCCUUGAGUGUCUCCUGGAAAGUGGGUGAGGCGGUGGUGAUGAUGGUGCACGUCUGAAAGCACACGCACGCACUCACGCACAUGCACUUUUACACGGACGCACGCACGUACUUUAUCUCAUCUCCCCGGCGAGGUCUCUGGUGAGGGAGACUGCCGCCGGCCGCCGCUACCCGAUCCUUCUCUCAUAUUCUACUGACGAAGGAUGUAGGGUUGUGCGCCAUGCUUACCCUCGUGCUCCUGUUGGCUCCCGCGACCGCCGCUGUGCUUGCCCUGCCCAGUGAGGUGGGCGCGGCGGGGUCGAAGGCGCAGUAUGGCGGCGUGGUGGAGUCAGGACAGACCGCAGCGGACGACACCAGAGCCUCCCUUAGCUCCCUGUGGUCGUACAGCACCGUCACUGAGGACAGAAAGACAAUGCCGCGCAGAAAACGGAAAGCUGCAAAGUACGACCACACACUGCACGGCGACCAACACGAGCUGCUGCCAUAUUUCCAGGACCACACGAAUGCUUCCAACAUCACGGCGCAGCUCGGAUCUACGGCUUACCUCAACUGUAGAGUGAACCGCCUCAGAGACAAAACGGUGUCGUGGAUGAGACGGGAUGGAGAUCAGAUCAAGCUGCUUACCUGGGGACUUCACACCUACAGCAACGACGCCAGGUACUCGCUGAACUUCGAACACCCCAACAACUGGAAGCUGCAGAUUAAGUACACACAGAGGCGGGACCAAGGUUCAUACGAGUGCCAAGUGUCCACCCACCCGCCGAAAGUCUUGUCAGUCAACCUCAACAUAGUGGCUCCGGUGGUGGACAUUAUAGACGACAGAGGCUCCUCGGUGAGUGAGAAGUUCUACAAGACAGGCAGCACGAUUGAGCUCAAGUGCACCAUCAGCCAAAUGCCGCAGGCCCAGACCUUCAUCCUGUGGCGGCACGGCGACCACAUGCUCAAUUAUGACACCUCCAGGGGCGGCAUCAGCGUGAAGACCGACAUGAGCAGUUCGGUGAUAGUGUCCACUCUCUUCAUCGCCAACGCCACUCCGAAGGACUCCGGGAACUACACUUGCUCCCUCGGCGACGUGGCCACCGGCAGCGUGCUCGUCCACGUCCUCAAUGGCGAGCAUCCUCAAGCAAUGCACGGCUCCAGCAGGAAGGACCUUUGCUCCCUCACCCUGGUGCUGCUCCUCUCCUCCCUCACCACGCUCAUCAACCUCCUAAGAUGAUCUCCUGGGUCAGCCGAGGUCACGAGCCAUGGGGCACUGUAGGGAGGUCAGCUGCGUGGAUGCGGAUGCUGGUCAAAGGCUGAGGGCUGACCACGCUGAUCCUGACCCUCUGAAGAAGCAUUUAUGUUUAAUUCUUGGUUUGUUUUUAGUUUUAGAAAUGUGUUUUGGACAUAAAGAACUAGAGUAAGGAACAGGAGGCCGAGUUGGGUGCGUGGGAUGCGAGUGUGCGCCGUAGGAAACCCAUAACUUAGCGUGGGACACACCCAGCUGCCGGGACACAAGCUCUGAAGGAGGCCCUGCUUUCCACUUUUUGUGUGUGUUCAGGUUGUGUCUUGCCGUCAUAACUCUUGAGAAAUGACCUUGUGUGUAUAUUUUUGUAUGACUCUGUGAACGAAGGAGGACGAACUGAUGGGGUGACGAUGUGGCGCAGUGUUUGUUGGCCUCUAGAGAGAGAGUGUGAAGGAAAAUGGUUUGUGACCCCUGAGAGCAGUGAUGGAGAAAAGUGUUUCGUGAAGGAAGUGUGCGAAGGAAAAACUCCUCGUUAUUCCUGAAGGGCUUGCAGGAAAACAGUGUAUUGCGUGAACUGAGUGAAUGAUGGAAAGCCUUUUGUCGUCUCUGAGAGAGAGAGAGAGCUAAAGGUGUGUUGUCUCUCAGGGGAAGUAACAAAGAAAGAGAUUUGUCGCCUCUGGAGGAUGAGUGUUAAAGAAAACAAUUCUUUUCAAAGGAAAAUGCAAAAGCAAACAGUGUGUAGUCAAUCAAGGAAAAAUGUAAAAUAUAAAAGGUUUGCUGCACCUGAGGGAAAGCAGUGCGUUCCUCCUGAGGUAAGAGUGUGAAGGAAAAACGUUCGCCAUUUCCAGAGGAAGUGCGUGAAAAACCUUGUAUCGCCUAUGAAGGGAAGGUGUGAAGGAAAAUGGACUAAAGAGCAUGAAAGAAAACGAGUUGUCCUUGUUAGCGGCAGUGAGUGACAGCAGCCAAUCACGUCGUUUUGUUGUGUUAAUGUAGUGUUGGCAAUGUGACGGACGUCCGCCGCCUCCACCAGCACGGACUAAUGAACCUUUUUACCGCACCAAGGGCGACCUGGAGGCAUGGCGGAGAUGGGUGUGUACAUACGUGCCGUCAGUCCCCCGUGUGUCUAUGUACGUGAGUGUGCGUGAGUGCAUGUGUGUGUGCGUGGCCAGGCGUACACGAGCUGAGGUUGGACUAGACGCUCGUGACUCCUCUUAAUGUGCUCAAAUGUGGAUUAAUGGACUCGUGAAUGCGUUAAAGAGAAAUUAAUAACAAACUGUAACAAAACAAGAAAAAAAAAGUAUAUACGUACCUUCAUUCCCUUAACGCGUUCUUCCAGUUGUCGUACAUCUUGACCAAACUAUUACCUUUCCCUUCCUUUCCUUUCACUUCCUUUUCCUUCCCAUCACAUUCCUUCCUAAAUCCUCCGCUGGUGCAAGAUGGAGAUGGGGAAGACAAACAGACUUGGGUGUCCACAAUAGCGCCUUGCCAAGGAAAUGAAAGGCAGUUGCUGGGCGCUAUUCACAAACCUAAGGGACCGAGAGGCCGCCCCACGCCGCCUUGCCGGGAAAUUGCUCUAGCCAAAGUGCAGUCGUGGCCAGCAACUUCCGAGUGUUUCCGCUAAUUGCUGUGAUUUAUUUUUGUCCUUCAUAUUUUCAGUGCGACUCCAAAUUGCGUUCUGGGGAGACACGAACCCAUGAUUGUAGCAGAAGGAAAUUGGAAGAGUAAAAUGGGCUUAGAGAAGGAAGGGUUGGAGGGUUAGCGUUGGAGGCUUGGAAAGGAGGGGACGGAAGGGGUGGGGAGGGAAGGACUGGUGGUUAUAGUCAGGGAGGGAGUGAAAAAGUAGUAUUGGUCCAUGAACGUAAACUAGCACGAAAUGAAUGCUAUGGUUGAAAAAGUGUUAUUAGCGCACUAAACGUAAGUAUUUUUCCCUCGCUUUUUUUUUUUUUCUCUCUCUCUCUCUCAGUUUAUUGUUGUUCAGAAACGAGGCCGUGCAGUGUUUUCAAAAGAAUUUGUGAUUACUGAAAUAUUACGAGGCUUACUCUUAUUUAUAGAUCACUUUUUUCACCUUUUUGUAACACAGGGUCGUUCUUUUGUAGGGCAGAAAGAUGAGGUAGGCAUGACAGACCCCUCCUGACUCACCCUGCACCCUUACUCCACCUCCACCACCUGUACCACCAACCCAGUAAAGUGGAGUGGCAGGGAAGUGGGCGGGAACUGGCGUGGUGGUGGAUGGGGCUGGUGGAGGUAUGGUAAAAGGGGCAGAGGGGUGAGAAGACUUGGCUUAGAUGUGGAGGUUGAAGUGGAGAAUGAAAAGGUGAAGGUGAAGUGGCCACCUGAAUAGCGUCCGGGCUCAGGGGAGGAGAGACGGAGGUGCGGGGGGAUGGGGAGCGGGGUGCAGGUGAGAUGAAGGCGGUCAAGGCUGCUUAGGAAGAACUCGAGGGUUGAAUUAAUGAGGAAUUUCUUGGGAUUCGAUGAGGCAGUGAGCAAAAUGAAUGUGUAUAUUAAGAUUUUUUUUUUUUAUGCAUAUAUAUUUUCUAUACAGAAUUUAAAAGGAGUUUCAUUUUUUCAUAUAGAUUUUUUUUUUUACAAAGGAAAUUAAUACGUCAAUGUAAUGUUUGAAUACACACACACACACACACACACACACACACACACACACACACACACACACACACACACACACACACACACACACCUUUUUAAACUCAAAAACACUCAUUAUUCAUACAAUCAUUCCGUCUUUCACUUUUCUUCAGCGUUAGUGAGGGUGUUGGGUUUAAAUGCCAAGUAUUUUUUCUCUUUCUUUCUCUCUUUCUUUCUUUCUCUCCCUUCCUCCGUGCCUCGCCUCCUUUUUUCUCUCAUUAUAACUGUAGGAGGGAACAUUUCAGGUGGCAGGGAGGAGGCCGUUCGUGUGCCCUCCUGCAGUGGUUUAUGUGAAGGUCGCCGCCCAUGCUCCUCCAACCAGACUGAGCGAAAAAAAAAAAAAAUGGGAGGUGGAUGAAGGGGAAGUUUAAACAAAAGAAUUAAGUUUGUGCGUGUUGAUGGUUGUUCAAUUGUACGUGUGCGUUGGCAGACACACUGAGUUAAAGGGGAAGUCAUUGGGGUACGGAUGAGAGAGAGAGAGAGAGAGAGAGAGAGAGAGAGAGAGAGAGAGUAAAUCGUUAAGGCUGCUGCCAGAAACAGAAUGAGAAAUAUCAAACCUAAGGAAGUAAGUAAUGAAAACAAUAAAAAGUGAAUAUAUAUGAAAAAAAAAGAAAUGGUGCACACACAAAAUUUCUUAUGGAGGUAAAAAUACGAUGAAAAUAAUAUUCAAUUACAAGAUAAGACUGAAAAUUUCUGAGCAAAAACACAGAUCAUAAUUAGACUCAAAUGUACUGCAGAGGAAAUUAUUUAGAGAUAUUUAAAUGGUGGCCAAAAAGUUAAUGAGCCUUGGUACUCGAACAUUAAGGGAGAUAAGUGGAACAGAUGCAGUUUUCAGGUUAUGCUUUAAUUUGGAGGCUUCAUGAGAUUAGACUCUUUAUAGACACACAUGGCACGUGGUAGCAGGCGGGUGUGUCUUUCUUUUUAACGGGACUAUCACUUCUGGGUGUACUGACUUCCUGCAGGUGACCAGGUGAGCGUGGCGGCAGGUGAGAGCUGAGGUGGCUAAAAGCUCCUUAAGGCCGCAAUGGGAUGGACACUCAAGAGUACCCUUCCUCUUCUACAGCACCAGCAAACCCCCACACCCUCAACUCCAGCCCAACACCCUCCUGCUCCUGCUCCUCUUUCUCUAAUAUGUAUGAAACGAAGAAGCAUAUAUAUAUAUAUAUUUACACAUAUACAUAUGAAUAUAUAUAAACCAUUUUAACUUCGCUGUAGUGGACUCUGAGGUCAUUUCUGUUGCGUGUUGGUCGUGCUUUCAGACUAUGAACUCACAUGUGAAUAUCAUACGUACCUAUACGUAAUCCCUUGUGUUCCCCGGCAGUCCCCACCACCACCACCACCACCACCAUCACCACUAACACCACCACUACUACUCCCGCCGCGUCAGUAAUGGGGGGGCCGCCGGGGCUGUUUGACGUGGAUUUGCGUCCCCCCCCCUCACUCCCAAACAUCCAUCAACCCCUCCGCGUGUAUGUUUCUAUUUUUUUUUUAUUAUUAUUGUGUGCUUGCUCUGUAUGAGUGGCGGGUUGUGUGUGUGUGUGUGUGUGUGUGUGUGUGUGUGUGUGUGUGUGUGUGUGUGUGUGUGUGUGUGUGUGUGUGUGUGUGUGUGUGUGUGUGUGUGUGUGCCACCGCUAACCCACUCGCUCAUUCACUAUAUAUAAUGUCUCGUCCUGAGAUGGGAGUAUAUGUGGUAAAAUGAGGGAAAAAAAUAAUCAGAAAUGAGAGAAAGCAAAAAAAUCACUGUGUAAAUAAGAUGGAUCUUUACUAUUUUUUGAAGGUGAACAGAUAGGGGAAAAAAAAAAAAAGAAAGCUAGAAAAAAAGGACAUUUCUUUUAAGUAAUCCUCGCAUGAACCAAACUUGACUUACAAUAAAUAAAAAUACCCCAAACACGAAAGCAAAUCAGCUACACACACACACACACACACACACACACACACACACACACACACACACACACACACACACACACACACUCAAAGAAAAUGGUGUCCAUGAGAGGAAUACAUCACCAUCAAACUCUUUUUUGUUGUUGUUAAUGUUGUUGUCUGGCGCGUUCUGUCUCUUCUGCUGUUCUCGUCGGGUGGAAGAGAGAGACAGACCAACAUAGGGAAAACAAAGAUAAACCAAAUCAGACAAUGACAAAGCACGUAUGUUAUAUAUGUAUAAGAAAACUCUACUAGAUAUUUCAACGUUGCAUUUCUUUGGUAGAAGGAAAGAAAAAAACACUCUUUUCGUCUAGUUUACUAAGUAGUAGUGUUACUUUGUUGUAUACAAGUAUGAGAGAGAGAGAGAGAGAGAGAGAGAGAGAGAGAGAGAGAGAGAGAGAGAGAGAGAGAGAGAGAGAGAGAGAGAGACUGGUGUGUAUGGUUGUAGUUUGUAGUUUGCUGUGAUUUUUUUGUAACUGUAAAUACUGUCGUAGGGUUUGUAUGCAGCCAAUAAACAGUUGACUGAUCCAUCAACAAA